AUGAUUGUGAAACUCAGAUUUGACAGAUUUCAACUGGAGCCAAUGAUAUACUGUGGAGAUUAUGUGGAGAUUCUGGAUGGAAACUCCAGUAAUAGUAAGAGUAAACGACAAUUUUGUGGUGACAGGAAACCAGAUGACAUUCGCUCCAGUGGCCGCUACAUGUGGGUGCGUUUCAGAGCUGAUAAGUACGGACCUCGCAAAUAUAACGGUAGACUUAAGGCGACAUUCACAGCAGAGAAUAAACCAAAUUUAGUUCAAACGCCUACACCAAUUGCAACGGAUAACAAAUACUCAGUUCCUUACGGCUGUAUAGCAAGUAAGCGUGAGAAAAACUAUGUGCAGAUACUCGAUGGACAGAUUUCAGCAAGUAAAGAACUUGCUAUUCAUUGUGGAUACGUGUCCACUCCUUCUGAUGUUUACUCCACCGGAAGGUACAUGUGGGUGGAGUUUUGGUCUGCAGUGGUGGACAGCUCGAGCUGUGAUUGGCUCAUCACUGUACCAGAAGGGAUGAUUGUGAAACUCAGAUUUGACAGAUUUCAACUGGAGCCAAUGAUAUACUGUGGAGAUUAUGUGGAGAUUCUGGAUGGAAACUCCAGUAAUAGUAAGAGUAAACGACAAUUUUGUGGUGACAGGAAACCAGAUGACAUUCGCUCCAGUGGCCGCUACAUGUGGGUGCGUUUCAGAGCUGAUAAGUACGGACCUCGCAAAUAUAACGGUAGACUUAAGGCGACAUUCACAGCAGAGAAUAAACCAAAUUUAGUUCAAACGCCUACACCAAUUGCAACGGAUAACAAAUACUCAGGUUCUUUGCGAUGGGUAGUAGGCGUUGCUAUCGCUGUGACAGUCUUAAUUGGACUUGUAUGCUGUUUAGUGCUCAUUGCAAUACGCAAAAAGACUCCGAGCAGAGCAGCGGGUUUUGGAAUGCAAAUGCCUUCAGCAUCCCAUGCCGCACAACCAACGAGGGUCCAACUUCCCCCUCUACCUCCCAAUCAACCACUGUUUCAACCAGCAGCAGAUUCUCUCACACCCCCUCCAGUGGUUUAUGCUCCAGAUGGACCUGACCAAUCGUUACCAGUAUCAGGGAACCCGUAUCCAUCAGAACCACCACCACCAUAUCUAGCGAACCCCUAUCCAUCAGAGCCACCACCGCCUUAUCUUGGAUAA